GCUGUCUUCAAGCGACCAACCUCCUCACGCGACAUCCCGCUCGAAACCAGCCCGCUCAUCUCCGAAUUUUCAAUCACCAAGAUCACUAAACUUUCCAAGACGGUUAUGGUGGAGAGGUGUUGGCGCGCAUGGGCGUGCGCACUAGUCCUGGUGGGCGUGGCGGAGGGCGUGGCUUCGCAGCGUGACCUCACCUUGCCACUCUUCCAGGAGGAGGUGGCGAGGUUCCCUGUCUUUUUCGACAUUCCUGAGUCAAGAGCCGAGGCGAGCAAGCGGCAAUCGUUCAGCGCGUGGGGGGGGAAGCGGGCCAGCUGGCACCCGGGCUUGCGGUCGGGCUCGGGCCUCCCCCUCAGCCUGAGGGACAUUUACCUACACCUGUUCAAGCAAGCAAGGUACAAGGAGCAAUUCGCCCCAACGACAGCUAACAGCCGUCCCAUACCGUUCGCCCUUUCCCGGCCGAGACGGGAAAGGGCGAACGAGAUUAAUAUCAAAACGGAUGUACCAACGGGGCGCUUCCAUUACUGCGGGCACAAAAAUACGGGAUAUGACAAAAAAGUUAAAAAAGGCAAGGGCAAGGUAAUAGCAUUCUCUAACCUCUCCCUCCCUCUCCCGACCAGAUACCAGCCCUCCUCCGACGGGGAGCUGAAACGAGCCUCCUUCAGCCCCUGGGGCGGAAAACGCGCCAGUCCUCAGUACCUCUCCCUAGCACGCUCCCCAUUCGAGGACGCUCCCGAGGGACCCCUGGGGAAAAGGCCCGCCUUUAGCCCGUGGGGAGGGAAGCGGUCCUCUUCUGCAGGACUCCCACUCAAUGACCUCGACAUGGGCUCUUCGGCGCAGCUGGCGGAGUCCCUGGGGGCGACGGGGAAGCGCGUGGCGUUCUCGCCGUGGGGAGGGAAGCGCUCUGUACGAGCCGUUUGGGGCGGACAGGGAGAUGCCCUGGCUCUGGACGCUCCAGAGGUGCUCCUAGAUGGCGACGAAGAGGACACUGAGGACGACAUUUUCCCCUCCCCAGCCACCGUACACGACGCCCCGGGGCGGUUCAAGAGAAUGGCCGAGGGAGAUGACGGAGCCACUCCUGCCGAAGCCAUGGGUGAGGAACUCCACGACAAGAAUGCCACGAGGAGCGCCAGAGACACGCAAGCUCUCAGCAACGCAGCCACCAAGUGGAACGCCCCAUCACCCGCACUGCUGGAGAGGAGGGCGUUCAGCGCAUGGGCGGGGAAGAGAGCCGAUGGGGAAACGGUUAAGCGACAAGCCUUCAGCCCAUGGGCAGGAAAACGGAGUUCUGACGACGAAAAGAGACAAGCCUUCAGCGCCUGGGCGGGAAAGAGAUCCGACGACGACGAAAAGAGGCAGGCCUUCAGCGCCUGGGCGGGCAAGAGAUCCGACGACGACGAAAAGAGGCAGGCCUUCAGUCCCUGGGCGGGAAAGAGAGCCUUCGGCGAUGAAAAGAGACAAGCUUUUAGUGCCUGGGCUGGGAAACGCGCCUCUGACGACGAAAAGAGACAGGCUUUCAGCGCCUGGGCUGGGAAAAGAACUUUUGACGAGGAAAAACGGCAAGCCUUUAGCCCCUGGGCCGGAAAGCGGGACUUCAGCGCCUGGGCAGGGAAACGGGCUUCGGAGGAUGAGAAGAGACAGGCCUUCAGCGCCUGGGCGGGAAAGAGGGACAACAGUGAAGAGAAACGGCAGGCCUUCAGCCCUUGGGCGGGAAAGAGAGCCUCUGAUGACGAGAAGAGACAGGCCUUCAGCCCCUGGGCAGGAAAGAGGGCCUUCGAUGAAGAGAAACGGCAGGCCUUCAGUCCCUGGGCAGGAAAACGGUCCCCUGACGAUGAAAAGCGACAGGCCUUCAGUCCCUGGGCCGGAAAGAGGGAUUUCAGCGCCUGGGCAGGGAAGAGAUCCAGCGGCGAGGCAGACGAGAAGCAAGCCUUCAGUGCCUGGGCAGGAAAGCAGUCCGAUGAAGGACAGGACCACGAAUUUCCUUUCUUGAAAAUGGCUCCGCAAGCAUGGACGAGAGAGGAAGCUGUCUCGCACAGCCUCUAGUGAGCACUUGGAAUCACCUUUGUUCCACAAGUUAAUUCCUGAGGUCUAUCAAAUAUACAUACACAUACAUCCUCUCUUCUUUACCUUCAUCCCGAUGUGUCAGAGAAUCCUUUUUUAAAAUAUGAUAAGUCAUUCUUACAUGCAUUCCUACGUGCUGUCGCCUGGCCUGCUCUCUCCCGCUUCUGCCGCCGAGGACAACGAAAACAAGACGACGGAGACGCUGCGCGCGAGGCCAAACGGCUUUUGAAUCAGCCGUGGCCAUUGCGGGCAAGAGGCAAUCGAUACCCCUGACAUACGAGCUGAGGUUCUGAAGCUACGGCUGACAAAAGCAAAUGGAAUUGUGAUCUCAUUAAUGUGUGCGACUUCUGUUAUCUCUGUUGCUUAUUAAAGAAGAAUCUUCUCUGCUGUGUUGAGAAGGACGAACUAGAAAACUCUCUCUUUUCCCUUGAAAACAAUUUCUCCCCAACGAAGGAAAUCAAAGCCGUAGAUUCUGUACCAGACAUGAAAAACUCGGAAAAAAAAUAGGUAUCCUCUCCACGCAUCCUUUUUUCUCCGGACUAGCCCCGUCAUAAGAGGCUGGGUGACUGAGCUAGGACGGAGAAAGGAGAACUGGCAAAGGCAGCGAGGACGAAGAGGAAAUAGGCCAGACAGGAGAGAGAACCUAGCGCAGAUUUCUGACGAGGCCGCUCAGCUUAAAACAGAGAGCGCUGCGUAUGUAUCAAGGCGAAGCGUAAAUCUGUUACCUUAUUCUCCUUCUUCUCUUAUUCCUUCUGGAAGCGAGGAAGAGAGAGAG